AUGUUAUACGGUGGACCUCUUGGCACUUAUCUCAGUGGUUUGUCCUCCUCAUCUUCAUCGAGUAUUUCACAUCUUACAACGCCAAGUUCAAAUUACACUUCACCUAGUAGUUUAAGCAGUUCAAACUACUAUUCAAGUGGAAUUGGUGGAUUAAGACGUAGCAGUUCAAGAUAUCGAAAUUCUGGUGGCAGUAAUUUAUCCUCAACAUCGACUGCAUUAAAUACUACUAGUAACAGUAGUAAUACAAGUACUACAGGAGCUAAUAAUCCUUAUUCAUCAUAUUAUACACCACCGGUAAGAAGAAAAUAUGGCACACCUGAAACGGAUACAUCGAAACCAUCAUGGUAUUUAAGUCGUCCACAAGGUAUUUCUAGUAACAGUGGAGUUGGCAGUGGUAGUAGCACUGGCGGGACUGGUUCUAGCAGUACUGCUGUAAGUAGUACAUCUGCCGCCUCCUACUCAGGACUUCCACAGUAUCCACGCAGAUCACCAAACAAAAUUGGCACCAGUACUGGAUAUACAACUGGUGGAAUAGGCACAAGUUCAUCAUGGAAUUCAGAUUUAAGUAGUGCUGCUAGUAAAACGCUCAAUUAUAAACAAUUGUAUGAAGAGGAAAAAGCAAUGACAAACACUCUACGUGAAGAAGUAAAAGCAGCUCAAAAAGAACUCAAAGAAUUAGAAAGCUCUAUGGAGUAUACGAAUGGAAGACGACGAUCCAGUGAUGCUGAACAAAGGAAAAUGGAACGGCGAAUUUCUGAAUGUGAACAAGAACUUAAAUUACUUGAAAAAUUACGAGCUGAAUCAGAAAAGUUGCAUGCUGAACAUCGAGCACUUAUCCGAGUGGUAUCACGACUAAAUCGAGAACAAUAG